AUGGACGUCACGGCGGUGGGCGUCGGGCUGACGCCUGCGCAGCGGGACGAGACGAUGACGGAUCUGAGUUUCUUCCUGGACGAGUUCGGGUCCACGCGCGCCGCCCGUAUCAAGUUACAGGAGCAGCAGCGGGAGAUCGGGAUCCUCGAGACGCAAGUGCGAUAUCUCCUCAUGGAUCGGAACCGUGGCUUGCCUUCUCCCCAGGAGGAGGGCAAGACGACAGAUAGCGAGAACCAGUCGCCAGGCAAUUAUGAAUUUUCAGAGGAGAGUGUAGACGACACUAUGGCGGACUUGGACUUCUUUUUAAGAAUUUUCGGAUCCACUCGAGCGGUGCGUGAAAAACUUGAAAAUCAAGAACGGAAGGUCGUGGGGCUGCGACGCACCGUGCAAUGGUUCCAAGAUCGCAGAGGGGAAGAUGACGAUAGUGAUAGUGCUGGAUCAAGCGACGUGGAACGAUGGUAA